AUGAUUGUUAUUCUAUUGAUUUUCUUUCUUUUAUUGCCGAAUUACAAAUAUAUUCUUACAUUAAACCCGUCUAUUUCUAAUAGGUGGACGUCACCAUUAACAUUUUGGGUAAUUAAUUUACAUGAUGGGUGCCGUAUAGACACGACCACUCUUCUUCAAGGUCUCGAUCAAACAGUAAUAAUUGCUGAUCAUGUUCAACGCAAAAACCAUUACUUGACAGAAUUCACCCGGCCUCACAUUUUAUUUGCACGAGAUAAAGGUCCGUUGGCCCCAUUCAUGUAUUCGCAUACAUCACAUAGUGUUCCACUCUCUGAAAGUGAUAUAAGAAAAUUUUUCAAUUAUUAUAAAACCGAUUCAGUUAUGAUGAGUGUCAAUGCUUUUUAUUGCUCAUUUCCUUCAUCUCUGUGCGAAGUUUAUAUGCCUCUGAAUCGAACAAUUAUUUGGUUGCCGGCACAUCGUUUUACACUUGCACGAUGUUCACGACCUGAAAUCGACCAACUCAUUCUACAUAUGCAGCAAUCAGUUAGACCUGAGCAACAACCAAAACAUUUUGUUGCAGCAGGUGGACGUUAUGAUCAGGAAUAUAUUAAGUAUUACACAGGAUUAGAUGCCAUAUUAUUACCGACAAAUUCACUAUGGUAUGCAUUUAAUGUCACACGUUUUACUCAAGCACGUACGGAAAUCUUAGUUGGACCAUUACAAACUCGUAAUCAUCCAUUAAUGGCUAAUAUGAAAAAUGCUGCUACAGCUUUAAACUCGUCGUUUCAGUUUGCUUCAGCUAAAAAUUUAUAUGGUCAUUAUCAUCUACAGCAAAUCGCAGAUCAUCGUGCUGUUGUUCUUUUACCCUACGCUGUUUUAAGUUAUGGCAUUACAGAAUUGUAUGCUCUAGGAAUUCCUAUCUUUGUACCAUCAAUUGAUUUUAUUGUCAAAUUGAAUCUUGUCAAUGACCGUACACUCAUCGAUCCGUUUUAUUGUGGUCGUAGUUUAAAGUUCGAUGAUAUGCCGAAACAACACACAAAUUCUCAUCAUCCAUUUUCACCGGAAGAUAUCGUAUCGUCAGAAGCAAUCCGAUAUUGGUUGCAGUUUGCUGAUUACUACCAACUGCCAUAUAUUCAGACGUUUUCUUCAUGGACAAAUCUAAUUGAAAAGCUAUCAACGACGAAUUUCAAGACAGUCCACGAUAAUAUGCAUGAUGAAAACGUGCGAAGAAAAGUUGAACUAACAAAAAAAUGGGAAUCCAUAUUCGCUAAAAUCGAUCAUAUGCAACGAGUCAUACCACAGGAUUAUGAUACGGCAAUUAAACAGCUUUGGAAUACAACUAGAUUGCAAGCAAUUUAA